AUGUCCUCCCGCCCUCAGAACAUCGGCAUCAAGGCCAUUGAGAUCUAUUUUCCGUCUCAGUGCGUAGACCAAGCUGAACUCGAAAAAUUCGAUGGAGUCGGUCAGGGAAAAUAUACCAUCGGCCUGGGACAGACCAAGAUGAGCUUCUGUGACGACCGGGAAGAUAUCUACUCCAUGUCCCUAACGACCCUCUCCUCCCUCCUCCGCAAGUACUCAAUCGACCCCAAGUCCAUUGGCCGCCUCGAAGUUGGCACAGAGACCCUCCUCGACAAAUCCAAAUCCGUCAAGUCAGUCCUGAUGCAACUCUUCGCUGAGUCCGGAAACACAAACGUCGAAGGCGUCGAUACCGUCAAUGCCUGCUACGGCGGCACAAAUGCCGUCUUCAACUCAAUCAACUGGCUCGAGUCGUCCGCCUGGGACGGCAGAGAUGCCGUCGUCGUCACGGGUGAUAUCGCUCUGUAUAAAAAGGGCGCUGCCCGUCCCACCGGUGGCGCGGGCUGCAUCGCCAUGCUCAUUGGGCCCGAUGCACCCAUUGUUUUCGAACCCGGUCUCCGCGGCUCCCACAUCACCCACGCAUAUGACUUCUACAAACCAGAUCUCACCAGCGAAUACCCAUACGUCGACGGCCACUAUUCCAUCAGAUGCUACACACAGGCCGUCGAUUCGUGCUACAAGGCCUACAAUGCCAGGGAGAAGGUCCUGAAAGCUCAAUCCACGCACCAGCAGAAUGGCCAUGCUUUCAACAACAGCAACAGCAACAGCAACAGCGUAAAUGGCAACGGGGCGGCACCUGCCACAGGGGACAACGAUGACUCCAACACCCCCCUCGAUCGCUUCGACCAUGUCAUCUUCCACGCCCCAACAUGCAAGCUCGUCGCCAAGUCCUACGCACGCCUGCUAUACAAUGACUUCCUUGCCGAUCCCGCCCACCCAGCCUUCGCUGAAGUCCCCGCCGAGCUCCGAGAUCUGGACUACGAAGCGUCCCUUAGCGACAGGAACGUGGAGAAAGCGUUUAUGGCCUUGACGAAGAAGCGGUUUGGCGAGCGCGUGCAGCCAUCCAUCGAAGUGCCGACGAUGUGCGGGAACAUGUACUGCGCGAGCGUCUAUGGGGGUCUUGUGAGUCUCUUGGCGAAUGCGACUUUCGAUCCGGCGGAGAAGGUGAAGAGGGUUGGCAUCUUUAGCUAUGGUAGUGGGUUGGCGAGCUCGAUGUUUAGUGUCAAGGUUGUUGGGGACGUGUCGACUAUUGUGGAGAAGAUUGAUUUGAAGAAGAGGCUCGCGGCACGGAAGACUGUGGCGCCUGAGGUGUAUAAUCAGAUGUGCCUUAUGCGCGAACACGCUCAUCUCAAGAAGGACUUUGUCCCAGCGGGGAACACGGACACCAUCGUCUCUGGAACCUACUACCUGACCAAGGUGGAUGACAUGUUCCGACGCGAGUACGAGAUCAAGGCAUAG